CACUUGCCAAACUCUCCAGCAGCUGAGUGUCCAGCCAGAGAGCGGCCCAGGCGAACACCCCACCACCAGCCCAUGGAGCCCCGGCCACUGCUGCUGUUCCUUGGCCUCUGCUCAGCUGGCCUCAUCCUGGGCUCCGAACAUGAGACCCGCCUGGUGGCAAAGCUAUUUGAAAACUACAACAGCGUAGUACGGCCCGUGGAAGACCACCGCAAGGCCGUGGAGGUGACGGUGGGCCUGCAGCUGAUACAGCUCAUCAAUGUGGAUGAAGUAAAUCAGAUCGUGACAACCAAUGUUCGUCUGAAACAGCAAUGGGUGGAUUACAACUUAAAAUGGAACCCAGAUGACUAUGGUGGCGUGAAAAAAAUUCACAUUCCAUCGGAAAAGAUCUGGCACCCGGACCUAGUUCUUUAUAACAAUGCAGAUGGCGACUUUGCCAUUGUCAAGUUCACCAAAGUGCUCCUGGACUACACUGGCCACAUCACGUGGACACCUCCCGCCAUCUUUAAAAGCUACUGUGAGAUCAUCGUCACCCACUUUCCCUUUGACGAACAGAACUGCAGCAUGAAGCUGGGCACCUGGACCUAUGACGGAUCCGUGGUGGCCAUCAACCCGGAAAGCGACCAGCCAGACCUAAGCAACUUCAUGGAGAGUGGAGAAUGGGUGAUCAAGGAGUCCCGGGGCUGGAAGCACUGGGUGUUCUACGCCUGCUGCCCCUCCACCCCCUACCUGGACAUCACCUACCACUUUGUCAUGCAGCGCCUGCCCCUCUACUUCAUCGUCAACGUCAUCAUUCCCUGCCUGCUCUUCUCCUUCUUAACCGGCCUGGUGUUCUACCUGCCCACGGACUCAGGAGAGAAGAUGACUCUGAGCAUCUCUGUCCUGCUGUCCUUAACCGUGUUCCUUCUGGUCAUUGUGGAGCUGAUCCCUUCCACCUCCAGUGCGGUGCCCUUGAUUGGGAAGUACAUGCUGUUCACCAUGGUGUUUGUCAUCGCGUCCAUCAUCAUCACCGUCAUCGUCAUCAACACACACCACCGCUCCCCCAGCACCCACGUCAUGCCCGAGUGGGUGCGGAAGGUUUUUAUCGACACUAUCCCAAAUAUCAUGUUCUUCUCCACGAUGAAAAGACCAUCCAGAGAAAAACAAGACAAAAAAAUUUUUACAGAAGACAUUGAUAUUUCUGACAUUUCUGGGAAGCCGGGACCUCCACCCAUGGGUUUCCACUCUCCCCUGAUCAAACACCCCGAGGUGAAAAGUGCCAUUGAGGGCAUCAAAUACAUCGCAGAGACCAUGAAGUCAGACCAGGAGUCCAAUAACGCGGCCGAGGAAUGGAAGUACGUUGCAAUGGUGAUGGACCACAUUCUCCUCGGAGUCUUCAUGCUCGUCUGCAUCAUCGGAACGCUGGCUGUGUUUGCAGGUCGGCUCAUUGAAUUAAAUCAGCAAGGAUGA